CGGAUUUCUCGGCAAUUUUAUUCAAUCAUCACCAACCAUUUGGGAACAAACCAGGCUGGGGUGGCUGGACAGCUGAAAGCGGGCGCCCAACGCUCAUUCAUCCCUUGGACCACGCUCUUUCGCUGUCGCAUCCAACUUCUUUCAACAUUGUCUGAUUGCGCAAUCCAACAUCUAGUGGAUUGAAUCCACCGCGACAACGACGACUUCACACGCCAGGCACUUUCGCUUGCCCAUCAUGGCGUCGAGGUGGCUCACUCUCUUCCUCCUCCUGUCGCCCGCCCUCGCCGCCGAGAACAACUUUGGCUUCUACCCAAAGGGCGCCCAGAGUUGUCUAUACAAGGCUGCCGACGAUGCAGACUGCACUGGAAAGGACUCCAAGGAGCUCAACUAUUGUCUUUGUGGUCAGGGCAGUUACAAGAACGAUUUCAUCCUCGGCUCCGCACGAUGCGUUGGCCAGGAAUCACCCGACGAUGUCGACAAAACCUUUGACACCAUGCAACAGGCAUGCAAGGACUCGUCCACGCCCCUGAAGGUGACCAAGGAGGAGUUUCAAGAGGCUGCAAAGGAAGGCGAAACGACGACAACAACAGCGGACAGCUCAACGAUCACGACGACAACGAAGAGCAAGCAGACGGCCGAUUUCACCACGACAUCGGGUGGCAGGACAAUCACUGUUAUCGCAACUAGUGACAACAGCAACGACGACAAAGAUACUACCAAGAACGAUAACUCGAGCCUGUCAACUGGCGCCACGAUUGGAAUCGCGGUCGGAGCUGCCCUCGUCGGAGCUGCAUUCAUUGGCGCCGGUGUCUUCUUUCUCCUGCGACGACGAAAGCGCAAGUCUGAAGAGUCUCACCCAAUGCUUCCUCCCAACUACGACGGAAACCAUGAGUACGCUGGCGCAUCAACAUACCCACCCUCAGAGCCAAAGCCGGCGUGGGCAACUACCGCACCCAACCAACAAGGCUAUAACCAUCCGUAUGCCGGCACCUACGCCCCUCCGAAGCCACAAGAUGUGGCAAACCCAAACCUCGUCUACGAGAUGGACGGUUCCAUACCACCUCCGCUUAUGGAGAUGCCCGGGACAACACCACACGGACACGGACACGGACGGUGAUGACAUGUGACGAAAGAAAACGGAAUUGGAUUGGGAGUCUUGGAGGAAUUUGGAUUGGUACUGGAACGGAAUAAUGGCCAUAUACUCGGGAUGGCUGGCGUCCAACGGUUGGAUGUACAAACAUGAGGCACUCCGGCAGGGGGCCUCGAGGAGUUAAUCAUUGAUUUGGGUCAACUUGAGAUUCUGCGUCAUGCUGAUUGUAUAUCACUGAUGGCGAUAUUGAAUGUUAUGUUUUAUCAUCUUC